CACGCACCUUUGCGGCCACAGCCUCGGGCUCCACCAGCGCCGUCCUUGUGCUUUUGGCCUCCUUACCUCAGCGCACAUUUACGGAUGAGACAGACGGCCAGCCUCAAGUCUUGAUCAGCAUUGGGCGCCGAGCCCGCGCACAACAUCAUCCUUCCCGCCAGUCGCCCUCUCUACUCCCUCCCCUCCUUGAACUCGCACAGCACUUGGCGCCAGCCAUGGAGGCGUUCAAGUCCCUCUUCGCAAAGCCGGACCCCCAGGCACAGGCCCGAAAAUGCAACGCCAUGAUCCGGUCCAACAUCCGGAAACUCGAUCGCGACAUUGCUCAGGUUAAGCAGGUUGAGAUCAAGACCAAGAACCUCAUCCUAGCGGCCGACAAGCGCGCCCAGCGAGACCCCACGAGAGCCAAGCAGGCGCAGAAGGAGGUCCGGGACUUUGCGCGCGAGCUGGUCCGCGCGCGCAAGACGUCGGCGCGGCUCAUCACGUCCAAGGCGCAGCUCAACUCGGUGCAGAUGCAGGUCAACGAGGCCUUUGCCGUGCGCAAGAUUGAGGGCUCGAUCCGGGCCAGCGUCGGCAUCAUGAAGGACGUCAACCACCUCAUCCGGCUGCCCGAGUUGUCCGGCACGAUGCGGGAGCUCAGCGUCGAGCUGAUGAAGGCGGGCAUCAUCGAGGAGAUGGUUGACGAGACGCUGCCCGAGGACGUUGACCUGCUGGGUGAGGACGAAGAGGCCGAGGGCGAGAUUGAAAAGAUCCUGGGCGAAGUCCUCAGUCGGAAGGAGCCAUCUAUGCCCGCUGCCCCGGUGCCGGAGCCGCAGAAGCCGGUGGCGGAGGAAGAGGAGGACGAGGAAGACGCAGAGGCAAUGAUGGAUCAGAUGAGGAACCGAUUAGAUGCUUUGCGCAGCUAG